AGUGGUUCAAGUUCACCCAAAAGGAGCACAAGUGCCUAAAUCCUGAACACUGUCAACAGUACUCUGAGCUACAGUACUCCACCUUACUGUACGGUGAUAUCAGAAUACUCAGCACAACCAUGAAGAUUCAUGCCCUCUUUCUUAUUCUGCUUUUGGCUUGCUUGUAUCCAAGUUUGGCACAAGGGACUUAUGAAAAUUGUUGCCUUAGUUAUGUUAAGAAGUUGAAAAAGUCGAUCCAACGCAGAACAAAAAGCUACAGGAUUCAGGAGAUGGAUGGGGGAUGCAACAUCUCUGCUAUUGUAUUCAGACUGAGGAAAUCAAGAACAUUUUGUGGUGAUCCCAAACAACAGUGGGUGAAAGAUCUGAUGAAAAACAUACGCCAUGAAACAGUUUCUUACUGAAAAGAUACUGAGCAGCUAUAAUGAUAAACAUGUUAAAUCACUUCUCUGAUCUUUAUUGAUAGGAUUGGUACCUAUGAGUGCUUUAGGUCUAUUGUGCAUAUGUCUGAGUGCUUGCACCUUCUAGCCUUAAUGUAUUACACAUUGUAGAAGCUUAAGGAUAAAUCAUUGUUGACAGCUGCGAGUGCUAAAGCAUUUUCUUUGAGUUUCAGAAUGAAUCUCAUAUAUAACACCACAUCUGAAUGUAUACACUGUGGUUAAGUCCACAAAGCAACUCAAUGGAAAGCUUCUGAAUACAAAUGUCAUUUGUGCUGUUGCAUUCACUACUGAGUGCUCAGUCCUAUAUGGCUUUGAGACCAAUGUUAAGAUUAUUAUAUUUUGCUCCUAUAUUUUUAUAUUACCUUACUUUAUGUUACAGUACACCAUGCUGUUCAACUCUGUGUAUGUCUGAGAGAGAGAGAAACCUGUAUAUAUUUGCUUCUGUUAAUAAAGCAUCCCAGUACUUGUUUUUUUUUAGAAUAGA